UGGCAAGUAGUAGCAGUGGUAGCUCGGGGGCAAAGGUGGGAAAUUCAGAGGAUAGGUCCAGUAGGCUAACGGGCAGGAAAAAAAAAGGCAAUUCCCAGGUGGGAAAGGAGGGAGGAGAGUAGGGCGCUUUAAGUGGAAGCACUGAAGCAGGACAAAAAGCCAGAGCUUGGGCGCGGGAGCGGCAGCGUCUUGUAUCUGGGCUGGGGUCCGGGAAAUUAUGGCGGGAUGGUCACAGCCAAGAAGGCCUUCUUUAUUUGGAGCGCUGGACGACACGAGAGCGUGCGCGCUGGUGGUGCCUGUCCAGUCUGUGCCUGUCUUGUCGGUCUCACUUGGGAGGAGCAGCAUUGGGAGUGACGGGGGGGGAGACGAUACUGGGGACUGGGGAGCGACUGGGGGGGCGUGUGAAGCUGGCGGCCAGCAGCCAGCAGCCAGCAGCAGCCAGAGGGCGAGCGUCAGUGUGAGGGAGCGUGGGAGGGGGCCCACGACAGGGAGAAUGGGCCAAAAGGUCAAAAGGGUGAGGGUACACAAACCGAAGGGAGACGAGCGAGACUGGCGCGCGAGGGCCGGACGGACGAGGCGCCAGACGACGACCAGACGCCAAGGUGACGCCAGGGUGGGCGUAAGAAAGGGCCCAAGUGGCACGCUCCAAGGUGCAGAUGUUCCCCGACAAACCCUGUUCGCAAGGGGAAAGGGGGUCGCCAGCGUGAUGCCGGGUGUGGUCGCAUCACAGGAUGGGCGGGAUGGGUAG